CCGUGCGAACCCAUUAGAUAUCGGAUGAGUGGAUUUAGACAAACCGCUGUCGGCGGCAAUGGGAUUGUAUCCAAUAUGGAGAAAUAAGAAACCAGGUUUACAACAAGACAAAACACCGCGCACUUGUAUUGGCGCCUAAGGCGAUUUGGGAAAAGAACUAGUGUCAACAUUUAGAGUAUAGUAGGACGUGCUUAGGACGUGAUCGUACAUCGAAUAUCCUCUGGGCCUUCUAUCUUCGAGCAUGAAUGGCAUCAGCAGCGGAUGGUACUUUGGAAUUGCUCAUACUUCAAUUCUGAUCAUAUACUGGGUGCUGCGUUGAUAUGACAACUGGAGCUUGUAGUAAAUGUAUUAUCUCGGCGUCCUUUGGUCAACCAGUUAUUCCUCUAUUCCUCUUGGGACACUGCCAAGCACUACAAGCACUAGUCCACUUCAUUUCCUAUCAGUGCAAUAUCAAAGCAAAACAACUGACAGAUUGCGUUUAGUGUGGACAACUUCAAAAGGCGAUUUGUGUCAGUUGCUGCUCCACAAAUCUUUGAAAACAUACUUUAUAAGCCAUUCAAGUGUCAACUGGACCUCCCCAUGUAUUCAUCUAUCAAGACCAUAAGAGAUCAAAGCAUGAGACAAUUCGAGACAGAACGACUCCUCCUGCGCCAAGCUCUGCCCACUGACCUUGAAGAGUUCCACAAAAUCUUUUCGAACGCUGAUGCCAUGACUUACUGGUCGAGACCACCACAUACCACUCUUGCCGAGAGCCAGGCUUGGCUAGCAUCAAUGAUGGCCGAUCCCUCUGCCCUUGAUUUUGCCAUAAUUCUCAAAAGCAACACGACACAACAAGGUCGACUGAUUGGUAAAAUCGGUGUGUAUGCUGUUCCAGAGAUUGGCAUCAUUCUCCACCCAGACGUAUGGAAACAAGGUCUAGCAUCCGAAGCUAUGCAAAGUUUUUUACAGAUCUACUGGACGCUAAAACCGAGAGAAGUGUACCUUGAGGCGGAUGUGGAUCCAAGGAAUACUGCAAGUCUUAACUUGUUUAGAAAAUUCGGGUUUAUAGACGUAGGUACGGGAAAAGGGACUUAUACGACGCAUUUAGGACUAUGCGAUUCAGUAUACUUGAGGUUGGACAGGCCGAAUGGAUUUUGAUACUGAGAAAGGGAAUCGCAUUCAAGUCGACCUUGCUUAGAGAUAGUAGAAAUAUUUCAAAUAAAAUUGUUUGAAGUCCGUCAUUCG